AUUAAUAAUAACACAGAUUUAAGAGUGUUUAAAUCUGUAAUAAUAGUAAUUUUUGUUACUAUAUUACUAAGUAUAGGUACUAUCGAGUAUCGAUACAAUUUGUACACAAUAAAUGUUGUCAUUUAGUAAGGAUAAGAAGUACCUAAUCAGUGUGAUACUGAUAAUGAUUUCUCAAGUGAAAGUUGCCUUGUGCAGGUCAUAAUGACUGCACAUUAUUAAAUUAAUUACUGUACAGCACACUCCGUCCCACUUCACUUGCACCUGAACCUCUGAAGUGGAUAUUGAAUUGUCAUUGAACUCUGUGAAUCAUAACUCAACGUACGCAAUGUGCACUCCUGCAGUUAAGCAAAGGCCCAAUAGGACCACCUGCAAAAAAAUCAAAAGCCUUCUUUUGGAAGUGUUCGUCUUCGUUCGAAUAUACUUGGAUAGACUGAUCGACUUUGUUUUCGGCUGCUACUACAAAUCGCGCGUGCAGAUCGUACCUAAGCCCUCGAACCCGAUAGUAAUCGAAUCUGCGACCGCCUUGGCGAAGCGAAUUCGCGAACAAAACCUCACGUCCGAGGCCCUAGUACGUGCUUGCAUCGAUCGGAUCAAGCAGGUCAAUCCGCUUAUUAACGCUGUGGUCGAUGAGCGGUUCGAGGAUGCACUCGCCGAGGCCAAGCAGCUCGACGAGCGAAUCAGGAAUGGUGCAGUUAGUUCGGAGGAAUUUGCAGAGAAGCCAUUUUUGGGGGUACCAUUCAGUACAAAGGAAAGCUCAGCAUGUAAGGGAAUGAGGAGUACGUAUGGGCUUGUGUGCCGCAAGGACAAACGCGCCGAGGAAGACGCAGAGGCAGUGCGCUUAGUGAAGAAUGCUGGUGGAAUUUUGAUCGCUAUCACGAACAUACCAGUUUUGAACAUGUGGCAGGAGACCGACAAUCGGGUUUACGGUCGAACGAAUAAUCCGUACAAUACCACCAGAGAUGUAGGUGGGUCGUCCGGUGGGGAGGGCGCAAUUAUUGCCGCCUGCGGUGUACCGUUCGGAAUAGGUACCGACAUCGGCGGUUCUAUACGCAUACCCGCCUUUAAAUGUGGCAUCUUCGGGCACAAACCAACGGGUGAACUUAUACAAACCAGAGGUCUGACCUACAGAACUGGAAAGGAGCCGUCUACGAUAAUGAGUGCCGGUACCUUAACACGAAGCAGCUCCGAUAUAAUUCCGUUCCUUAAGGUCCUCCUCGACAAAAAUGUAAAUAGACUUCAGCUUGACAAGCAAGUGAACGUUAAGGAUUUGAAGGUACACUAUAUGCUCAGUUCCGGGGAUUCAAAAAUGAGCUUACUUACAAGGGAAAUGACGGCAGCUAUCUUAAAAGUUGUCAAGCACUUUGAAGUGGAUUUGAAAGCAUCACCGAAAAAGCUGAUCGUACCCGAGCUCAAAUACGGAAUGGCGUUGUGGAGAUACUGGCUCACCCAAGAAGCGAACGCCAAUUUCGCUCGAGAUUUGACCGAUCGAAAGGGCCAGGUAUCUCCAAUUUGGGAGGUGUUAAAGUGGGUAUUCCAAUGCAGCGAAUUUAACAGCGGCGCCAUUUUCAAUCUGAUAGGCACAUAUUUACCGUUAAUGAACGAGAAAAAAGCACGCGAUCUCACAAAACAACUUAAGGAUUCGCUUAUGGACGCGCUGGGUGAUAACGGAGUGUUGAUCUACCCAUCUGCGCCGUGGUCGGCGAGGUACCACAACACAUCACUGUUGCGUCCAUAUAAUUUUGGAUAUUUCGCCGUGUGGAACUUGCUGAAGUUUCCGGUAACACAAGUGCCACUAGGUUUGGAUUCCGAAGGCCUGCCUAUUGGUGUUCAAGUGGUGGCAGCUCCUUAUCAAGAUCACCUGUGUAUUGCUGUCGCUAGAGAGUUGGAGUCUGCAUUUGGUGGUUUUGUGCCGCCUUUUAGCUCUUAAAACAUUUUAUAUACGUGACUUUCUGAGGGGAAUAAAAAUUUUUAUACUGGUGCAACA